ACAGCAUCGGUUUUGAGCUUUGCACACACAGUGGGCAUUUUGGUUUCUCUUUCCUAGGGUUUGUGUUUUUGAUUGGAGGGGGUUCUGAUCAUGGCGUCGGUGUCGUCGUCGGAUCAGGGGCCUAAGACAGAGGCGGGAGGAGGAGAGAGCUCGGAGAAUGUGUCGGCGAGUGAUCAGAUGUUACUGUAUAGAAGUUUUAAGAAGGCGAAGAAGGAGAGAGGCUGCACAGCUAAGGAGCGUAUCAGUAAAAUGCCGCCCUGUACAGCUGGCAAAAGAAGUUCCAUUUACCGUGGAGUCACCAGGCAUAGAUGGACAGGUCGUUAUGAAGCUCACCUUUGGGAUAAGAGUACAUGGAACCAAAACCAGAACAAGAAGGGCAAACAAGUUUAUCUAGGAGCAUAUGAUGAUGAAGAGGCUGCUGCUAGAGCUUACGACCUUGCUGCCUUGAAAUACUGGGGACCUGGGACACUUAUCAAUUUUCCGGUGACUGAUUACAGCAGGGAUUUAGAAGAAAUGCAAAACCUCUCAAGGGAAGAAUACCUUGCAUCUCUACGUAGAAAAAGCAGCGCUUUCUCGAGGGGAAUAGCCAAAUAUCGUGGCCUUCAAAGCCGAUGGGAAGCAUCAACCAGUCGGAUGCCUGGACCUGAAUACUUCAGUAACCUUCAUUAUGGGGCAGGUGAUGAUAGAGGAGCAGAAGGUGACUUUCUUGGUAACUUUUGUCUGGAAAGAAAGAUUGAUCUAACAGGAUACAUGAAGUGGUGGGGAGUCAACAAAGCACGUCAACCUGAAUCUUCAUCAAAAGCAUCAGAGGAUGCAAAGGUAGAAGAUGCGGUUACUGAGCUUAAGACACUGGAACACACGUCCCAGGCAACAGAGCCAUACAAAGCGCCAAACCUUGGCGUUCUUCAGAGAAAAGAUAAACAAAUAUCAUCGCCAUCCUCAACUCCUUCUGCUUUAAGCAUUCUGUCUGCGUCACCUGCUUACAAGAGCCUGGAGGAGAAAGUGAUGAAGAUCCAAGAAAGCAGCAGCAAUAGAGAAAACGAUGAGAUUGCAAAUCGUAAUAUCGCCAAUAUUGAGAAGAGUCACGGUAAGGAGAUAGAGAAACCGAAUGUGAGUCAAGGAGUUGGUCUAGGCAGUGGUGUUGCUGCUGCUUUGUCUCUUCAGAAAAGCAUGUACCCACUUACAUCUCUCUUAACUGCUCCAUUACUCAGCAGCUACAAUACAUUGGAUCCUCUCGGAGACCCUAUUCUCUGGACACCAUUCCUUCCCUCAGGUUCUUCUCAUACUUCAGAGGUGACAAAGACAGAGACGAGCUGUUCCACAUACAGCUACCUCCCACAAGAGAAGUGA